UGCAGCUUCGUGUGCGUGGGGACGUCCAAAGGCCUCCCCUCAACAGCGAAUCAUCCUUUUAGGUCUCCUCGCCUUGUGCUUGCUAACACUGAUAAGGCGACGUGAGGGCCAUCGAUCAUUCAUCAGAGUCUUCAGUCCUGCAAACGUCACCAGAUCACUAACGCAGUCGACGGACGGUAUUGCUUAGUCUAGACCGAAACAAGCGCAGCCGUCCGCAACCGCGCGGGGCUGGUACCAUGAGAUUGCCGCAAAUAGCGGGCGUCUUUCUUCUGUCUAUAGUCGGAGGUGAAGGGUUCUUCAGCCCAUGUGCUGGCCGGCAGGUGUGUUCGGGCCGCCGCUCCGCGCCCAUCAACGCACAUCAUCAGCCUUCGUCUACAACAUACCGGCGGUGGGAUAGUCGUACCGGGGGCAGCGUGGGACUACUUCGGGGUGGGGGGGGGCGCAGCUGGACGACCAGGCGACAGUCUUCAUCUCUCAGGCUAAAGAACGCAGCCGCGAAUGACGAGGAGGCUGGGUUGGGCGACAAAGCAAGCCUCAUGCCAUUCUCUAGGCCGAUUACGCUACAGGGUAUCGAGUUGACAUGGGAUGUCGUCGCGAUUCUGGUGGUGUACUUCGUUCAAGGCGCUCUCGGGCUCGCGAGGCUGGCGACGACGUUUUUCUUCAAGGACGAGUUGCACCUGGCCCCGGCAGAGGUAGCUGCCCUCUCAGGCUUGUUCACCCUCCCUUGGGUAUUCAAGCCGCUGUAUGGGUUCCUGAGUGAUGGGCUGCCAGUCUUCGGGUACCGCAGGAGAUCGUACAUGGUUCUUGCGGGGCUCCUGGGGGCAUCGGGUUGGUUUUGUUUGGCCAACUUUGCCGAAACACCGUUCCAAGCUACGGCAGCCAGUAUUGUAGCGAGCUUGGGCGUGGCGGUAUCCGACGUCGUAGCCGACAGCAUCGUGGUCGAAAAGGCGAGAGAUUCAGACUCUCAGGCUGUUGCCGGGGGGCUCCAGUCCUUGUGUUGGGGCAGCGCUGCUGUGGGGGGAAUCACCAGCGCGUACUUCUCGGGAUCUCUGCUGGAGACGAUGACAACGAGAGAAGUCUUCUCUUUGACGACCUACCUGCCGCUGUUGAUCACGGUUUGCGCCAUCUUCAUCGACGAGAAGCGGCUGACCGAGAACAUGAGCAGUCCGAAACAGAUUGUGUCGGAGCAAGCAUCCGCGCUGUGGUCGGCCAUCAAGAACAAGUCUGUAUGGCUGCCGGCGCUUUUCAUCUUCCUCUGGCGUGCAACGCCUUCCUCCGACUCGGCGUACUUCUUCUUCCUCACGAACGACAUCGGUGUCGGGCCAGAGUUCCUUGGACGGGUUCGAUUGGGAUCGAGCAUCGCAAGCCUGGUUGGGGUGUGGAUUUUCCAGUCGUUUCUCAAGGAGACCAAGAUAAGCAAGGUGCUCUUCUGGACUGCUGUGGCGGCUGUGCCAUUAGGGUUCACUCAGUUGCUGCUCGUGUACCACAUCAACCGGGACCUUGGGAUCCCGGAUGAGCUGUUCACGUUUGGAGAUGACGUCGUGCUCACGGUCCUCGGGCAGAUCGCGUUCAUGCCAACCCUCGUGCUUUCGGCGAGAUUGUGCCCCCCAGGAGUGGAGGGGACUUUGUUUGCGUUGCUCAUGUCAAUCUUUAACGGGGGGGCUAUCGUCGGCAGCGAGUUGGGGGCCUACCUGACCCGGGUGAUGGGGGUCACCGAAGCUGACUUCCGUAACCUUGGUAUGUUAAUUGCGAUAUGUAACGUUAGCAGCUUGCUACCGCUGCCGUUUUUGAAGUGGAUUGAUUCUGUGGAGGACGAUGAGAAGGAUACUGACGCCAAUACCCCCGGAAAAAGAAAGUAAUAGAAGGUCGUGGGAAUGAUUUUGCUCAUGACACGGCUUGCAGUUGAUUGGUGUUGUUUGUUGGCAACACCGAGGCUUGUACGGUGUGCUGUGGUGCAACCACGGUCCUUAAUUGAUGCCGCGGUGCCUCUUGUAGCGUGGGAUGUGUGCCUUAUUAGUCGAAAACCUUGAAGCAGCGAUGGGUUAAAAUUAGUGUUAUUAGUUCUACAAGUAUUAAUGUGAUAGAAUUCAUCUGUACCAGAGAAGUGGAAAUACAAACGUUAGAAGGAGAGCGAAACAAGUCAGAUUAAAUCUUC